UCAGAGAUCCAGCGGGGCCGGGCGGGCGGCCGAGCAGCUGCGGUAGCUGCAGCAACAGCAGCAGCAGCAGCAGCGGCGACCGCAGCGGCAGCGGCAGCUCCAAGAGGCAACUAGAGAGCCAGCGCCAGCCGAGGAACCCGGGAGUCAGCAAGGGAGGGAGCGCGAGCCAGCCCCGCGGCCGGACCCUCGGAGCGCCCGGCCGCUCGCCAGUGCAGUCGUCUGCCCGGGCCGGGCCGAGCGUGGCCUCAGCAUGGGGGCUGCAGCCCUGCCCUGGCACUGGUGCCUGCUUCUCGUCCUCGGCGCCCCGGGCCGCCUGACCAGAGCCACCGGGGCCCCAGACACAGAUGAGUGCGCCGAGGGGACGGAUGACUGCCACAUUGAUGCGAUCUGUCAGAACACCCCCAAAGCUUACAAAUGCCUCUGCAAGCCAGGGUACAAAGGGGAAGGCAGGCAGUGUGAAGACAUAGAUGAAUGUGAAAACGAUUACUACAAUGGUGGCUGUGUCCACGAGUGCAUCAACAUCCCAGGGAACUACAGAUGCACCUGCUACGAUGGCUUCAUGCUGGCUCACGAUGGUCACAACUGUUUGGAUGUGGAUGAAUGCCUGGAUAACAAUGGCGGGUGCCAGCAGAUCUGUGUGAACACAAUGGGAAGCUAUGAGUGCCAGUGCCGGGAGGGCUUUUUCCUGAGUGAUAACCAACACACCUGCAUUCACCGCUCCAAUGAGGGUAUGAACUGUAUGAACAAAGAUCAUGGGUGCGCACAUAUCUGCCGAGAGACGCCCAAAGGUGGGGUUGCCUGUGAAUGUAGGCCUGGCUUUGAACUUGCCAAAAACCAGAGGGACUGCACACUAACCUGUAACUAUGGAAACGGAGGCUGCCAGCACACCUGUGAUGACACUGAUACGGGGCCUGUAUGUGGCUGUCAUCAGAAGUAUGCCCUCCACUCCGAUGGCCGGACAUGCAUUGAGAAGGAUGAGGCUGCAAUUGAGAGUACUGAGUUCAAUACCACGUCAGUAGCUGAUGUGGACAAGCGGGUGAAACGGCGCCUCCUCAUGGAAACAUGUGCUGUCAACAAUGGAGGUUGUGACCGCACCUGCAAGGACACAGCCACAGGAGUCCGCUGCAGCUGCCCGGUGGGGUUUACCCUGCAGCCAGAUGGGAAGACGUGCAAAGACAUCGACGAGUGCUUGGUGAACAGUGGAGGCUGUGACCAUUUCUGCAGGAACACAGUAGGCAGCUUUGAAUGCAGCUGCCAGAAAGGCUAUAAGCUUCUAACGGAUGAACGAACCUGUCAAGACAUAGACGAGUGUUCCUUCGAGAGGACCUGCGACCACACCUGCAUCAACUCCCCAGGCAGCUUUGAGUGCCUGUGUCACCGAGGCUACACGCUGUAUGGCCUGACCCACUGUGGAGAUAUCGAUGAGUGCAGCAUCAACAACGGCAGCUGUGACUAUGGAUGCAUCAAUACGAUGGGCAGCUCGGAGUGCUCCUGUCCUGCUGGCAGGAAGCUCCACUGGAAUAAGAAGGACUGCGUUGAGACAGUGAAAUGCCUCCCUGGUGCAAAAGCAGCCCCUCGAAUCCAGCUGGCCUGCAGCAGGACUGGGGGCCUGGAGACCUGCUUCCUGGCCUGCCCAUCCAACACGCUCUUCCUUCCAGAUUCGGAGAGCAGCUACUCCCUGAGCUGUGGCGUCCCGGGACAACAGGGCAAGUCUCAGCAGAAACGCAACACGACCGUCCCCAGCUGCACAGAUUCUCUGGUUCCCCCCGUCAAGCAGAAAGCCCGCUUCAAAAUCAGAGAUGCUAAAUGUCACCUGCGGCGACGUAGCAAGGAUAAGGUGAAGGAGGUGGGAAAGCAAUCACUGCUAGACAACUGCCAAGUGACCUUUGUGAACCUGCAGUGUGACUCAUCCAAGAAGAAGCGUCGGGGCCGCAAGUCUCCUUCAAAGGAAGUGUCCCAUAUCACUGCCGAGUUUGAGGUAGAGGUGAAGUCUGAUGAGGUCUCAGACACCUGUAACACUGAUUGUGUCCGGAAAAAGCUGGAGCAGAAGUUGCAGGCCGCCAUCAAAACACUGCGGAAAUCUAUUAAUAAACAGCAAUUUUACCUUCAGUUUUCGGGUACAGACUAUGAAGUGGCCCAGAAACCAGCUAGAACUCCUGAAGGGCAGGAAACGUGUAGCCCUGGCCUGGUGCUGCAGGACGGGAAGUGUGUGACCUGUGGACCAGGCACCUAUUACAGCGGAGAGCACAGUGAGUGCCUUCCUUGCCUGCCAGGAACCUAUCAAGAUACAGAAGGUCAGCUCACCUGUGAGCCUUGCCCAAGUAACGAUGGCCAAGGCGUAGCAGGCGCCCGAAAUGUGUCCGAAUGCGGAGGACAGUGUUCUCCUGGCUUCUACUCAUCCGAUGGCUUCAAACCUUGCAGGCCAUGUCCUCUGGGCACCUACCAGCCCGAGCCAGGACGCACCCUGUGCUUCCCCUGUGGAGGGGGGCUGGUGACCAAGCAUGAAGGAGCUGUUUCAUUCCAAGACUGUGAGACAAAAGUCCACUGUUCUCCUGGACACUCCUACAACUCCUCCACCCAUCGCUGCAUCCGGUGCCCUGUCAGCACCUACCAACCAGAAUUUGGUCAGAACUACUGCAUAGCUUGCCCUGGUAACACAAGCACCGAUUUCGACGGCUCUACCAACGUCACUCAUUGUAAAAACCAGCACUGUGGAGGAGAACUGGGAGAUUACACUGGCUACAUCGAGUCUCCCAAUUACCCUGGUGACUACCCAGCCAACGUGGAAUGCAUAUGGAACAUCCACCCUCCACCCAAGAGGAGAAUUCUCAUUGUGGUGCCAGAGAUAUUCCUGCCCAUCGAAGAUGAAUGUGGCGAUGUUUUAGUGAUGAGAAAAAGUUCUUCCCCCACGUCCAUCACCACUUAUGAAACGUGCCAGACCUAUGAGAGGCCCAUAGCCUUCACGUCCCGGUCUCGAAAGCUCUGGAUUCAGUUUAAAUCAAAUGAAGGAAACAGCGGCAAAGGAUUCCAAGUACCCUACGUGACCUACGAUGAGGAUUAUCAACAGUUAAUAGAAGACAUAGUUCGAGAUGGAAGGUUGUAUGCGUCAGAAAAUCAUCAAGAAAUUUUAAAAGACAAGAAGCUGCUUAAAGCCCUCUUCGAUGUGUUGGCACAUCCUCAAAACUAUUUCAAAUACACGGCACAAGAGUCCAAGGAGAUGUUCCCCAGAUCGUUCAUCAAGCUCCUGCGGUCCAAAGUUUCCAGAUUUCUGCGACCGUACAAAUAACCUUCCUAGAGCUGGGCGAUCGGGGGAUGGCUGGGGGCAUUGGGGUCCAGUUGGUUGGAGAGAGAAUUUUUUUUGCCUUGCAUUUGUGUCAAAUAUUCUAUUUCCCUCCACAGUAGAAACAUUUGCUGACUGUGAAACACUCUUCCAGAACUCUUGAACUCAGCACCCUAGUGAAGAAUCUGGCUAACAUUUUAUAUUCAUUAAAGGCCCAGGAGGGUGGAUAUUUUUACCUGGAAGAGAAUAUGAGGAGCCAUGGGCAGGCCCAGAGGAAGACACUGUUGCAUGCAUACCGGCAGCAUCCAUUUUCAGCAAUCUGAAAAUGUCUGGUUGGAAAAACACUUCUUUGCCCCAAACCUCUUUAUUUCCUAGGAAGCCAUGCAGUACCUUUCUUCUGAGCCAAGGAGAAAGUCUUUAAACCUGAUCAACUGAUGCCAAUACACUGUGGGAGGGGAGGAAGUAUGAAGAAGUAUGAAGAAACAGUGUUUGGAAUCUGAAUUGCACCUGAACUCUGCAUUUGGAAUUUUCAGGGGGGAAGGAAUUAAAUUGUGAUGUUUCUCCCCUUAGUUUCCUGUAGACUUGGGUAUAGUAGAAACCAAACAAGAAAAGACCAGGGAAUAUGGAUAUAUAACUUGUUUCACAAUCUACCAAAAAUUAAGCUCAGCACGUGCAGGUUUUAUCUGCUGUCUUCUAUUUUUCUUGAGAUCUCAUUCCCACACCCAACCUCUCCUGCUGUGGACACAGUGACUAUGUUUGUCUGCUAGUUGGACUCUGAAGAACUUUAAAAUACAAUGGAUUAAAAGUUGUGGAGGGGAAGGGGGCAACAGAUGUUUUCCCUCACCACAAAAGAGCAUCUUAAUUAAGUGCUAUAUAUAUAUAAAUAUAAAUAUAUAUAUAUACUUCUAUUUGUGGGUACAAUAGAAACACUACCUUUAGUGACUGUAAAUAUUAAUUACACAGACAUUUCUUCUCCCAAAUACAACAUACAGACACACCCUUUUUCUUAGCUUUCCUAAAAUGUUAAAUCCCUGUUCCAAGGCCUCACAACUUGACCUUUUUCCCAAAAACAGAGUCUACUGAGUUUGGGGAAGUACAAUUUUUCCUCAGUUAGUCUUUUCAAUCUUAACUUAUUUGGUAAAAUUAAAUAACCUCCCAUUUCUCUAUUGCUUUAAGGAAGUGCAAGUAUUACCCCCACCACCACCACUACUACCAUUCCAUGGAGAAAGAAACCAGUUCAGACAGAUGAAGUCACUUCUUAGCCUGUUAGGAGCAAGGGAGCUCAGACGAACCUGAAAGAUGUUCGAGGUCAUUGAUCUCUCCAUAAGGCUCCCUGAGGGCUAUAGACUGACCUAGGAAGCCACAUGUUACCAUUAGCUCUGUUGUAUUGUAUUUUUAUUUAUUUUGCUAAAUAUUUCUCAAUGACAUUUUAUCAGGUUCUGGUUGCAUUCCCUGGCCUGAUGUUUGACAUCUCUGCUCUAGGUGACCCCUCUUAUAUCACAGAGGAGAAAACUGAGAUUGUAUAGGGAAAAGGCCUUUAUUGUCCAGAGAGAAUUAGUCUCUGGGCCUGGAUUCAAACCCAGACCUCUCAUAGCCAAGGCCAGAACACUUUCUCCUUCCACUGCACUGCCUCUAGAAGCAGAAACACUUAUGAGACAUUUGGAACGCUGCUACUGGCAAACUUCUAAAUGCUUAUGCUCAGUCACCGGAGAACUAUGUAAGAACUCACUGGUUGGUAUUGAACUGGUCUCCCUUGAAACCUGUUCAAGGGAAUUUAGUGAUGAAUUAUGAGACUGUGGCCUUGCAUUAUUACACCCUCAGGAUAUUAUAAGGAAGUUUGAUGUAUUAACAUUGCUGACUUAUAUUCUAUACAAAGAACCCUGGUUAAAGAGUCAAUCCUUUAAAACAAAAUAUCCUAAAAUAUCAGAGCUAGAACAGACUUUCAAGGUCACCUGAUCAAAUAUCUAUUUACAUGCACGGUGCCUGGCACAUAUUAGCCACUAUAUAAAUGCUUAUUCCCUUCUCCUUCAUUUAUAGGCAAGGAAAGCGAGGUGCACAGGGUGGGAGAGAUCUCAUCCAAGGUCACACAGACACCAGGACUUAAACCCAAGUUUUCAGAUCCCAGAGUUCCUUCCAAUACACAAUAUAGCCUUCAUCUAAAAUAUUUUCCCCUUAAAAAAGAAAGAUUCCAACAUCAAAGGGCCUAAAUUAUUAAAAUUAAAUCAUCUGCCACUCAAGUUCAGUUGUCUUUGCCCAUAGAAUCACUUAAUUUUAGAACUAGAAGAGACCUUGGACAAGCCCCUCCUAUGAACACACUAAGGACGGCUAAGAGCUCUAGUCCUUCCAUCGUGAUGCAGCCCACCCUUCUGGGGCUGGACGACCCUCAUUACCAGCAAUACCUUUAAGCAAAUGGGCUGAUCAACUGCCCCUGAGUAUAGAUUAUAAUUACAUCACUGCUGGUUUAUUUUUUUAAUUACAUCCUUUAGGAUCUCAAGGAUUCAUUAAUUCACUGGUAGGGACACUGCAAGCUUGAGUAGAACGUCUUCAUGAGGCAAUGUGUCCGUGGAGGGCCUGCCACUAUGAUGCACCUCUCUGCACUCCAAUAUACUAAUGCCCAGUGCAUCCCCAGGCCCGUACUCAAAGCCUGCCCAGCUCGACAGGGCAAAGCUGCCAGAGCUUGCACUCCAAAGGCACAGACUCCAAGACACCAGGGUUCUAAGGCAUAAUGAAGCAUCAACGGAAGGGAGGAAUUUCAUGGAUAGCUUAAGGGAAGGAGAGGAUUUUAAAGUGACCUCUGAAUCACUCAAGUACCCUCCUCCAUCAAGUGAAGAGCUAUCCUAAAUGAUCUCCAAGAUCUUUUCUAACUCAACAUUCCACGUUCUCAAGUCAAUUCCAGCUGUUACAUUUGGUGUUUUCAAUUCCUUUCCAGCUGGAACAUUGUGCAUCGUAUGGUCCCUUCCACUUCAGACUCCUCGUAUGCUAUCUAUUGCAUCACCAUUUUCUUCUAAGCCAGUGACAGAAACAUCCAAAAGCCAGUUUGGAAUGACUGUGCUCGGGGGAGUUUCCUAGCAGACAUGAGACCUGUCACCAUGGAAAAGAGGCGCUUGGGUACAUACUGAAGGACAUGAAACUUGCUGUGUUUUAUACCCCAGAUUAUGUCAGUUACUGGUAAGAUUCAGACUGUGGGCGAUAUCUGGCAAGGUUCUUCAUGAGACCACAGGCUUUAGAGCUGGGAGGAGCCACAAGGAUCAUCUGGUCCAGAUGCCUUAUUCUACAAAGGUAGCCAGAGAAGGGAAGCCACUUAACCACAUCCCUUGACUCUAAAAGCAGGACCCCUUCCUUCAGCACCCUGACGUUUCCUAUUUAUUCAGCCUACAGAAGAAGCCUCCAGGGAAAAGAGUUAGUCUCUAGGUUUAAUCUGUGAGCUAAGUGACCUCAAAAAAUAAUCAUUGAGUUGAAAUAAACUGAAUUGAACUGGGUUGAUUGAGAA